CCCAGAAAAGGUGGGAACAAUGCCCUUGUAAAUAGGCACAGUGCAAUUUCAGGCAAAAACUUGAAAUUCUUUUUGAGAGUUAUGCUGUUUUAAGAACUUGGCCUAAAGUCUUACAUUCUACAAAAUCAUCACGGAUGGAUUCUACUAAAUGAAAAGGCAAAUCUAGGCACUUGUUAAAGUGAAAGUAGAAACAUUUGACCACACCACAGAUUUGUACAGGAGGAAAUGGCUUCAAAAUUAGAGGAGGAUCUCUCCUGUCCUGUGUGCUGUGAUGUCUUCAAGGAUCCUGUUUUCCUGUCCUGCAGUCACAGCAUUUGUAAAGCCUGUCUGCAGCAGUUCUGGGAGAGCAAAGGAUCCAGAGAAUGUCCUGUCUGCAGGAUGAAGUCAUCAAAGGAUUUCCCCCUCCCAAAUCUGGUUUUAAUGAACCUGUGUGAGACUUUCUUACAAGAGAGAAGUAAGAGAGCUUCAGCAGGGUCUGAGGUGUUCUGCAGUCUACACAGUGAGAAACUCAAGCUCUUCUGUCUGGACGAUAAACAGCCUGUGUGUGUGGUGUGUCAGGCUUCAAAGAAACACACCAACCACAAGUUCCAACCUGUAGAUGAGGCAGCAGCUGACCUUAAGCAGCUCUGAGGCCAGUGCACAGACUUCAGAGGGUAUCGUCCAACCAGGCGUGUGCAGGGUGAGCAGGGUGUCCAGCCAUCAACAGAAUCGCCCGAUUGUCCAGCAGGACGGUAAAUUACAACCACAAAUUUUGACCGGAGCUGUUACAGUGAUGGCAUGAUAUUCAAAGGAGUCCUAUUUGUGUGAUGCUAACAGUGUAGUGUAUUUCCAUUGGUUGGAAAUGUGCAGUUUAUUUAAAGCAACACCAAAGAGUUUUUUAUACCUU